AUGUCCAAACCCUGGAUCCUCCUUUGCCCCUCCUCCCGCGGCAUAGCCGCUUUACUUAAGGACUUGUUUCCUUAUCCGCAACAAUCCGCUCCCCUUACCGAUUCUUCUUCGGGUUUGAGUUCAGCUUCCGACCGGGACCGGGCCUCAGCAGCGGCCUUAGCAGCCUCAGCAACAGGACCGGGAGUAGCAGCCUCCAGCAAAUUCAGCGAUUCCUCGUCUAGCGAUACUUAUCCUUAUCCGUCUCCGGCGGAGUUUUCUGCUGCUGAGGAUUCUGAGACGAGCACGACUGAGACACCCGGAUCUUCUGCUUCUUCUGAUUCCUCGGGAACAAGCAGAUCGGGAUCAGGGUCACCGCAUGAUGACCCCCUCAAUUCCUCCUCCUCUUCCUCCUCAUCAUCCCAAAACCAUGAAUUCCAGUCCCAAAACCACCAAUCCCAAUCCCAACAGUCCUCCCAAUCCUCCCAACCCUCCCCAAAUUCAAUCUCAGAAGCAUUCUCCUCCCGUCUGCACCUCCUCCCCCUAGACGUCUGCCACGAAGACUCCAUCUUUUCCGCCGCCCAGUUUGCCUCCUCUUUAUUUCCAACAGACACUCAUCACCUACACCUCGCCUUUGCGCUUCCGGGGAUCCUCCACCCCGAAAAGUCUCCGCAGCAAGUCGACUACGACCUAGCGCUGGACACUUACCGUGUCAAUUGCCUCGGUCCCUUGAUGCUCAUGAAACAUUUCGGCAACUUCUUGCCGCGGAGAGGGACGAAGAUGGAUCUUGCUUGGCAUCCUAUCGGCCUCGCAUCCAACUCCUCGUCAGGCCUGAACGAAGAAUUGCAAGGCCACCACCCCCAACACAGGAUGAAAUUACCGCCACACGCGACAUGGAUCAACAUGUCCGCGCGUGUCGGAUCAGUGUCAGACAACAAGUCCGGAGGAUGGUAUAGUUACCGCUCUAGCAAGGCGGCUGUUAACAGCUUGACUAAAAGCUUUGAUCAUCAGCUGCAGAGCAGGAGCGGGAAGAAGGCCAUGUGUGUCGGGUAUCAUCCGGGGACGGUGAGGACGGACUUGUCGAGGGAUUUCUGGGGGAGUGUGGCGAAUGAUAAGAUUUGGGGGCCGGAGGAAGCGGUGGUGAAGAUGGCGGGGGUUAUUGAGGCGCUGGGAGAGGGGCAGAGGGGGAGGAUUUGGGAUUGGAAGGGAGAGGAGGUUUUGCCUUGA